CUUACCUCUUCUUCUAGCUUUCCCACCCCAUCCAUUCUCCCCUUUCCUUCCUCACUCCCUCACCCUAUCUCAAGCAACAACGGCACGAUGGAAUCUCCAACACUCACGCUCCCCUUCACACCGCGCUCAGGGUACACGCCCUCUGCGCCGGCCAUCAUCCUGCCCCCUUCCUCGCCUCACGCGCAACAGGGUCGACCCUACAUUAUCUCGUAUCAACACUUGCAUCACCUCGUGCUGGACUUGCAGGCUCAGCUUGCUGGAUUGGGGCUCGAGGUCGGAGAUGUCCUCAGCUCAAGUCUCAUCAAUGGUGUCGAAUUCGCUGUUGCCUUCAUCGCGACGGGCGCGCAGAGGCUCAUCGCCGCUCCCCUCAAUCCAGCCUAUCAAGCCUCAGAAGUCGAAUUCUACCUCGACGACACCAAGUCGAAGGCGAUCCUCCUCCCGGCUGGUUCUCUCACUGCCUCCCCUGCGCCAGCUACUCUUCAAGCAGCAAAGAAGCUCGGUGUGCGCCCCAUUGAGAUCAUCUUCGAUCCAUUGGGCGCGCAGGGACGAGGAGCCAUCUAUCUAAAGGGAGAGGAUGGCAAGGUCCUGACAAAGUCGUCGGCAGGCCUCAGGAAUCCGCAGCCCGAGGAUGUUACCCUCGUCCUUCACACCUCAGGUACGACUGGACGACCAAAGGGCGUGCCUCUCUCCCAUGGCAAUUUGGUAGCCACGAUGCACAACAUUGUUCGCACCUACGACCUCACGAGCCGGGAUCGCACCUUCCUCGUCAUGCCUCUCUUCCACGUACAUGGCAUGCAGGCCGCCUUCCUGUCCACACUCCUCUCGGGCGGAUGCGUCGUUAUCCCACCCAAGUUCUCCGCCUCGACUUUCUGGUCGGAGCUGUCCCUCACUCGUUGUACCUGGUACACGGCCGUGCCCACCAUCCACACGAUGCUCCUUAACUCGACUCGCCCUUCUCCAGUCCCGCAGUUGCGCUUCAUCCGUAGCUGCUCGUCGAGUCUGGCCCCCUCGACAUUCCACGCCCUCGAGGAAGCGUUUAGUGCGCCCGUCCUCGAGGCCUAUGCGAUGACUGAGGCAGCUCAUCAGAUGACGUCCAACCCACUGCCCCAUAAGGGCGAGCGUAGGCCUGGAUCUGUCGGCGUAGGACAAGGCGUCGAAGUCCGCAUCCUCGCUCUCGAAGAAGGCAAGACGAUGCCCACAGGUUCAGAAGGCGAGGUAUGCGUACGCGGCCCAAAUGUGACGUCCGGCUAUCUCAACAACCCCAAAGCCAACGCAGAAUCCUUUGUUCAAUCUCCCGAAGAGAACAAGGGCUUCUUCCGUACAGGUGAUCAGGGAAAGCUAGACGAGCAAGGCUAUCUCACUCUCACUGGACGUAUCAAGGAGCUGAUCAAUCGCGGCGGAGAGAAGAUCUCACCCCUCGAGGUCGACUCUGCCCUUCUCGCCCUCAAGAAGAGCAAGAACAUCCCCGUGAGAGAAGCGGUCAGCUUUGCAAUUGAGGACGCGACGUACGGGCAGAAAGUUGGAGCGGCAGUCGUAGUUGAGGGCAAAGGAGUGACAGAGAAGCAGAUCCAGGAGGGCCUGGCUGGCACAUUGAGCAAGUUCAAGAUUCCGGAGAGGAUCUGGAUUGUGGAGAGUAUUCCCAAGGGAGCGACGGGGAAGAUCAGCAGGAGGAAUGUGGCUGCGACGCUUGUGGCUAGUGAGAAGAGUAAGCUGUGAGCGUAUGAAGCGGAUCUGUAUCGUAUUGUUGAGAUUGCUGUUGAUUGUAAAGCAUUGUGUUGCUUGACUUUAGCAUGACCAUGGCAUGGCAUUGCUGGGAAGGAGGCAGGGUCGCCGAGG